UCUCCGCCGUAACGAAGGCGUGGACUUUCCAGCCAUCGGUCUUUUACCCCCCUACCCCCGAAGACCCUUUCCCUCUUUAUUUGAUCCGUUCUUCUAUGUUCAACCAUUUUUUUCUACUCUAGUGCGGGACAAGCAAAAAAAAUCGAUCAAUCAUUCAAUCCAUCACGAAAAAGAAAAAAUCCACUCACGCUCCACGGCUCUGCGUGUCAAUGGCUUCAACAGAGGGAUUGGUGCCGAUAACAAGGGCCUUUUUGGCUCGGUACUAUGACAAGUACCCUUUCGAACCUCUUCCAGAUGAUGUCUCUGGAUUAACCGCCGAGCUUCGCUCAAUGUCAAGCGAUUUGCAGAAGGAAUUUCCACUCACUGAAGCCGAAGGUGUCUUGGAACGUGAAGCAGAUUGUCCUCCUCCCCAUAAAAUUGAUCAGAACAUGUGGAAGAAUAGAGAACAUAUUGAAGAAAUAUUAUUUUUAUUGGAGAGAUCUCAUUGGCCAAGAUCGCUUCAGGAGCAGAGUACAGCUGAAGACAUUGAAAUUGCAACUGUUCUCGGAAAGCUCCAAAUAAAAUUGCAAAACUGUUUGAAGUUAUUGGAGGCCUUCCAAUCCAAGAAUGCUGAGAAUGUAUUCAAUACAGUUAUGACUUACAUGCCUCAAGAUUUUCGUGGUACAAUAAUCAGACAGCAAAAAGAGCGUUCAGAGAGAAAUAAACAAGCUGAGGUCAAUGCUUUAAUUAAUUCUGGAGGAAGUUUACAUGAUCGAUAUGCUCUGUUAUGGAAACAACAAAUGGAGAGACGACAACAGUUAGCCCAGCUUGGAUCUGCAACAGGUGUCUACAAGGCACUGGUGAAGUACUUGAUAGGAGUACCACAGGUCCUACUUGAUUUUAUACGGCAAAUAAAUGAUGAUCAAGGACCUAUGGAAGAGCAGCGACAACGUUAUGGACCAUCUUUAUACUGCCUUACAACAAUGGUGCUUUCUAUUCGACUGUUUCUUCUUCUAUCUUGGGGGCGGUUUGAGGCUAAAAAAUUGCAAAAAAAUCAAGUUGCUAUCUUGGAAGAAGCCGUAAAUCUAUAUGCCUCUGAGUUGGAGAGAUUUAUUAAAUUUAUUGGUGAGGUUUUUGCAAAUUCACCUUUCUUUAUUUCAGCACAGGAUGCCGGUUCUGCAGAAGCAAGGAGAUCCGAUGACUACAAGGAGACCAUAAUUCCUGCUGGGAAAACCUAUGAGGUCUCUUUGAUGGUGGAAUCCAUUAACUCAUAUAUUGCUUGGGAUUUCUCUUUAGGACAAGGAAAAACGGCCAUGGAUAUUGGAUUUAGUGUGGAAUAUAUUAAUCCAUCGGGAGAAAAAACUAUGAUCUUACCCUACAGACGUUAUGAAUCUGACCAAGGUAACUUCUGCACAUGUAUGGCUGGAUGCUACAAACUCAUCUGGGAUAAUUCCUAUUCAACCUUCUUCAAAAAGGUUCUUUGUUACAAAGUGGACUGUAUACCUCCCGUUGCAGACCCAACAGAGUAGAGGUAUGUUAGGAGCUUCUCUUUGGACAGUGCGCGUACAACCUUUAUCCGAGUCAUGGUUCCUGAUGAAUCCUGCCACAAUCAUUUUAUUUGUAUCAUUAUGUUUUUUUUUUCCUUUUGCUUUCUUUUCUGCACUCCCAUCUUGGUACUGGUUGAGUUAUAUUGGUCAUCGGGAUAGUUUGUGAAUAAUGUACUGUAUUCUGUAUUUGGUGUACCUGAAAUCCUUUGGAAUACUUAAUUCAACAAAGCCUUGACUCAACUACGUGGAAUUAUUGAUA